CCGAAUGUUGAUGUUUCUAGGAACAUGUGCCCUCACUAGCAACGGCUGCGCCAGUUGCUUACGCUCGUUCUCGAUCGGUGAAAAGAAGCCGCUCAGUUGUGCAAACAUGGCGUCUUCGGUCCGAAAGCGGGCGGCGAAAGAUGGCGCUCGGUCAGGGCCCUCUGCAGCGCCGGAAGGCGCGAAGAUCUCGCUAUCAGCGGAAAGCAGCGAGAUCUCGGAGGAGUUGACGCUGGUGCCAAAAUCUGCGAUUAAGCAUCUCACCAAACACAGCAAGCCGAAGGGCAGGAAGAGGAGGGGUGGAUUCGUCUUCUUCCUGGGUGGAAUUUUUGGAAUUUUGGUGGCGGGCUUCUUUGCGCAGAAGAAUGACCUCUUCGAGCUGCCGGAGUUCGCGGAUCUGAUUUCGGAUCUGAAUAUUACUGGCUUGAUGGAGGUGCUUCCGGCGGGAUUUCUACAGGAAGCAAGGGAAUUGAAGGGCGGAGAGCGUGAGGCUCUGAACUACGAUGCUUUCUCUGUAGGUCUGAAACUGGCCGCAGAAGGCCUCGAAGCGACCCAUCCUGUUGUUAUGAUACCAGGUGUUAUAUCGUCGGGCCUCGAGUCUUGGGGAACAUCAAAUGUAUCACGACCAUACUUUCGAAAGCGCCUAUGGGGCAGUUGGACUAUGAUGCGCGCGCUGGUAGUGGACAAGGAGGAGUGGAAGAGACAUAUCAUGCUGGACAAAUACACUGGUCUUGAUCCCCCUGGCAUCAAAGUCCGCGCAGCCCAAGGUUUCGAUGCAACUGAUUUCUUCAUCACGGGCUACUGGAUCUGGAGCAAGAUCCUCGAAAAUCUGGCGUCGAUCGGCUACGACCCGACGAACAGCUACACCGCAUCCUACGACUGGCGCCUCUCUUAUUCCAACCUCGAGGCUCGCGAUCAAUACUUCACGCGUCUAAAGCUACACAUCGAGAUGGCUCACCGUGUCCAAAAUAAAAAGAUUGCGCUCGUCAGUCACAGCAUGGGCGGACAGGUUAUGUUCUACUUUUUCCACUGGGUGGCCUCACCACUUGGCGGAAACGGUGGGGAUAGCUGGGUAGAUGACCACAUCGACUCCUGGAUCAACGUGAGUGGGUGUAUGCUGGGUGCUCUAAAGGGGCUCCCCGCGGUACUCUCCGGCGAGAUGAAGGACACAGCCCAACUAAACGCCUUCGCCGUAUACGGACUCGAGCGCUUCCUCAGCCGCGAAGAGCGCGUCGAGAUCUUCCGCGCCAUGCCGGGAAUCUCAUCCAUGCUGCCCAUGGGCGGAGAAGCCGUCUGGGGCAACUCGACAUGGGCACCAGACGACCAACCCGGGCAGGAGGUAAGCUUCGGACCAUUCCUGAAUUUCAAGGAUAACAACAUCACGCAUCCCGCGCGCAACCUCACAGUUACGGAGAGCCUGGAGUUUUUAAUGAACACGACGGAGCCGUGGUACCAGGAUGCAGUUAAGGGGAGCUACUCGCACGGGGUGGCGCACUCAAAGGCAGAGGUGGACGCGAACGAGAAGGACCCGCGGAAGUGGGUGAACCCGCUCGAGACGCGGCUACCGCUCGCUCCGAACCUGAAGAUCUUCUGCUUCUACGGCACGGGCAAACCGACCGAGCGGUCGUACUUCUACCAUGACACUUCGGCGCACCCGGGCCUUAAUGUUACGAUAGACACGGCGAUCAACGAGGGCAACAUCGACCAUGGGAUCGUGCUCUCCGAGGGCGACGGGACGGUGAACCUCCUAUCAAUGGGCUACAUGUGCAACAAGGGGUGGAAGAUGAAGCGGUACAAUCCCGCGGGGACGAAGAUCGUAGUCCGCGAGAUGGCGCACGAGCCGGACCGGUUUAGUCCGCGCGGUGGCCCCAACACAGGCGAUCACGUUGACAUCCUGGGGCGCGCGAGCCUGAAUGAGUUGAUCCUGCGCAUUGCGGCGGGGAGGGGCGAUGACAUCGAGGACGAGGUGACGAGCAAGAUCUUGGAGUACUCGGAUAACGUCAAGGUGUGGGACGAUUAGGGAUGGAGUUUCGUUCGUGAUGGGUGCGUUCGUGGUGCAUGGCGGGGUUGGAGCGGAUUGGAUUGGGUG